AUGUCUUGGGCAGAUUUGCUUGCGAACAACAUCGUCAACGUCAACGUCAACGUCACGUCAACACCAACAUCCACUCUCAGCCUCGACGUUGGAUCUCACAACGACUUGAAGAAUACUCGGAAAGGCGCUCUCCCAUACAGCGAAGACCAUAGGCUACAUGUUCACCAAAAGCAGCCAAUCUGCCACACGCAUACUCCAAACUCCGUCAGUCAGACCGAGUUGUCCAUGACAACCCCCGAGGAUGCUCCCCCGAUCAAACCGCCGCCCUCCUUCUCGCCGGCAUCACCUCUUCCCACCAAGUCCAGGUACGCUGAGCGGCUGCAGAAUACACAGCAAUCGGCACUGACGUCUCUCUCUGAGAGCGCCUUGCCCAACUCCCUGGCCUCCGAGCUACAGUCUGCGCCCUCAUCCCGAGCCAGCUCGCCUGAUCGACGGCUUUCUCGCUCCUCCCAGCGGCUUUCUAGAUCUUCAACCCUCUCACCCGCCAGACAUCAGAUUGAUACUGCAGAUGAUAUACGGUCGACAAUAAUCCGGGCCUUCUCACCGGCUAUCAGCGUUUACGCUUCGCAAGAGACAAACGAACUCGUGCGAAGAAAGGGGCUGACGGGUGGUUUCUGCGAGCUCCUGCGGCCGUUUGGCGAGAAAAUUACCGGUAAGGUUAUCAUUCGAGACGGAGUGGGAUCUAGCCGGAGCUGGGAUGACUACGGGGUGAGAUUUGUGCACUCAAAUGGUAGCCGGCAGCCCUCGGCCGCAGGAGCUGAAGACAUAGACCAGAUACCCCCUUUGACACAGAUUGAAAAGGUCCUGGAAACUCAUCUCGAACCCUCUAAUCGAGCGGCUAGUGAUGUGAUAUUCGCAGGACAGCCCACUCCCAAGGGCGUGACGUUGUCAUCUCCUUUAUAUAGGCUAUUCUUAAGACGGCUACUGUCUGCAGACGCUCCUACUCCUCAUGAAACCUUUCUUCACCCUGUGGCAUGUGUUAUAGCUAUUAGUUCUAGUACACCGUCUCCGUUAGAAGCACUACGUCAGCUUUAUGCCAGUACGAGCCAUGGAGAGCAAGGCCCCCGGCCCUGGAUUCAUCCAGAAUACCUCCGGUAUUAUGUCCUCGUUCAUGAUGAGGAUAGAGACGACAUCACUCAAUCAACAGCCUUAUUCGAUCAGAUGAAACGACAUUUUGGUCUACAUUGUCACAUGUUACGGCUUCGAAGUAAUCAAUGCGUUGUGACAGAUGACGACGGUAUGCCAUUCCCAACUUGCGAGUGGCAAAGUUCGCGAGAGGAGUUGAUAGAAGCCAAAGAGCAAGAGCCCCUAUUAGACGUGGGCUGGGAAUCCCCCCAUAUAUUCGAGUCCGAUGUUACGGCCAUUAUAUCCUUUAUCCGGGAAUUGGUUGCACAGUCUGUUAUCCCUCACAUGGAGAACCGUGUGGCCAUGUGGAAUGAACAAGUCGCUUCCAGGAGAAGAGGCUUGAGCGGGCGCUUCAUGUCCAUAUCCAAACUCUGGACCGGCUUUGGUUCGAGUUCAAAGUCCUCUGGCGCUUUUGGAGGUGGUGGUAGUGGAAGCAACUACGACCCCUACCAGGGUUAUUAUAAGCCGGAUUCCCCCGAAGCAUUAUUACGGAAGAUGGCAGAUUAUUCUUUUAUGCUUCGUGACUUUAAGCUUGCUUCAUCAACAUAUGACCUUCUAAGAAGCGACUUUGGGAACGAUAAAGCUUGGAGAUACCACGCCGGAGCCCAUGAGAUGUGUGCUAUAAGCAUGCUACUUAACCCCCUUACCUCAACCAAUAAAUCCAAAAUCGACACCGUGGACCAACUGUUAGAUAUUGCCUGUUACUCAUACCUAACUCGAUGUUCAGAUGGCCAAAAUACCUUACGCACUAUCAUACUUGGAGCAGAGCUCUUGAAAUCCCGCGGCGGCUCUGCAGCUGAGAAUGCCGCCAAGUGGAAUAUGAAAGUCCUCAACAUGAACCUCGUCGGUCCAAUUGGUCGAAUUCUCGUCUCCGAACGGACAUCUGCAUGUUUUUCCGCGAAGGUUGCAACAGAAGGUACCAAAUGGGGAACCCGACGACGGAAGGCCGGUAUGUGGUCACUUCUGGCUGCUGACUACUGGCUAGCAAUUGGUAAACCUGCCUUUGCAUCUAGCUGCCUUGAGGAAGCCGAGAGGUACUAUGGACCUAUAUUGGAAGAGGGGUUGUUUGCCUUUCCUGAUCUACGAGCUUAUGUAGAGGAGCUAAGGCUGUCUGUGAAGAUGGGGUGCCUCGAAGCUCAAGGACUAGAGGGAGAGGAGGAGGAGGUUUCCGAAGAGCAGCUUGAUGCUACCGAAGACAUGAAUGAGAUGCCUACUUUCCGACGCCACCGGCGAUCCAUUCUGGGGUCUGUUGGCCCGUUAGAAAAUACCCAGUCAGCCAAGAUUCUAAGAAGGGAGGAUGGGGAGCCUGAAGAUGAUGAAUUUGAAUGA